AUGGCUUCAGAUCUGGUCAUCGAGCAUCAUGUGCCAGUUCUGAUCGUUGGCGCCGGUCCUGCUGGCCUGCUUCAAGCAGUCCAGCUGGCAAAGAAUGGCGUGAAGAGCAUGAUGGUGGAGCGAAACCUAGAUUCAACCAAAUGGCCCAAGAUGGAUAUAACCAAUUGUCGAAGCAUGGAGCUAUUCAGGAAACUUGGGAUUGCAGAUGACUUCCGGGCUCAAGGUGUCCCGCAACACUACUCAUUCGAUGUGCUCUUCAGCACGGGUCUGUCAAAAGACGGGGAGCUUAUCAACAAAUGGGUACGACCUCGCAAGAACGAGUGGCGACAGCGCAUUCGCGAUUGUAACGAUGGGUCGAUGCCGAGGGAGCCCUAUCAGCGCUGUAGCCAGGCAAUCUUUGAAGCUUGGCUGAAGCGUCGCAUAGAGACUGAGGAUCUUAUCGAGGACUACUAUGGCCUCAAAUUCGAAAGUUUCGCGGAAACUCCCGACGGUUUGGAAUCGAAUCUUGUCGAUGUCGUCACUGGAGAACGGCAUCUGGUCGUCAGCCAGUACUUGGUCGGUUGUGACGGCGCUGGAAGUAGCGUCCGUCGACAACUAGAUAUCAAGAUGAUUGGUGGUCCUGUGCCCUCCGCAAUGUAUCUUGUUCAUUUCAAAUCGCGAGAUCUGACAGCGCUUCACAAGCAGGGUCAGUUCUGGCACAUAUUUUUCACCAGCGGCGGCGUCAUAAUAUCCCAAGACGAAAUCGACACUUGGACCAUUCAUCUCCCCAUCUCUCUCGACACAGAUUGGAAAUCUUUGGAUCCAAAAGAGUCUAUCUAUCAAGUGCUAGGCGGUUCUUUGGCCCCGUAUCCUAUCAAGGUAGAUGACAUCCUUGUUUGCAGCUCGUGGCGCCCAAAUAUCGCCGUCGCAGAGCGAUUUGCCUCAGAAACUCUCCGAAUCUUCUUAGCCGGUGACGCUGCCCAUCAAAAUAUCCCCACUGGUGGAUACGGCAUGAAUACGGCUGUCGGCGAUUCCUUCGACAUAGGUUGGAAGCUGUCAGCUGUUCUGAAUGGUUGGGGAGGCCAAGAACUGCUUCACUCUUACGAAAUCGAACGGAAACCGGUUGCCAUUCGCAACAUUGAGCGAUCUGGGCAACACUUUCAGGUCCAUCAGACGUAUGUCAAGUGGGUUACCGAUGGAGGACCAGAUACCCUUUCCAACAGUGGAGAACGCAGAGCGUUGCUUGAUCGCAUAAGAGCUCACACUGAGGCUCACCAAGGCGAGAACAAGGAUCAUGGAAUCGAGAUGGGAUACCGAUACAACGGAUCACCUGUCAUUCUGCAGGAGGAUAUUGGAGAAGAAAGACAGGAGCCUUCCUGGGAUGCUCGUACUUUUGUACCAUCCUCUUGGCCCGGUGGGCGGGCUCCCCACGUCUAUCUCAAAGAUGGAACAACGAGUAUCUUCGACCUUUUUGGACCUGGAUUCACAAUUGUUGACUUCACUGAAGCUGGGAAUUGGAGUCUAGAAUUUGGGGCCGCAGCAACUCUGCUCAAGGUUCCGCUCAAAAAGGUGCACUUACCGGAAGAGGCCCGUGCGAGGCAAAUCUGGGGUAGAGACGCUAUUCUUGUUCGCCCUGAUGAUCAUAUUGCCUGGAGGUCACCACUUUACGGGAAGAAAGUCGAUAUCAAAGCAGCCUUGGAGGUUGUGAUAGGACAACGCUCACAGUCGCGGACGUCUGAAAACGCCUCUUCUGCUGCCUUGGAAGGCGUCAAACAGCGUGGGUUUACAUCGACAAUGGGGAAUGUUGAAGAUGACAGAGUUGGUCUGCUCGCCCCGUUCCAACGAUAA